CAACCUGCUUUUCAUUGUGGCAUCAGGAGGAGCGACAAGUGGUAGCACCAUGACGAUCGUCCGCUAUUGUCUAUUGCUGCUUUUUGUGUUCCUGCUGCCAACUUACAGCGAGGCUUUGAAGUGCUACACCUGCAUGGGCUCUAAUAACGAUGACUGCAACCGACAAGGCUCCAAAUCCUGUCCCAGCUACCCUGACGCCUGUGCGGUGGUGGUGGGCCAUGACAGUGGCGUGAUGAAGUCGUGUUCCUACAAGUCUUUCUGCAGUCAGGCCAGCAGCCAGGGAUACAGAGCGCCAGGGGUCAGAGUUCACUGCUGCUACAGUGAUGACUGCAACAUUAAAAGCUUCGCCUCUCCGCUGCCAGGAUUCAGCUUUUGGCUGCUGUCUUUUCUGCUACUUUUGCACUGACAUUUUUUCACAGGACACACAGACAACCUGAUCAUGCCAACAAGAAUCCAUUCAGCAUUCAAAUGCCAACAAAAUGCCAAAAAGACUGCCUGUUUUCACACUUGAUGUCAUCCUACUGAUCACUACUCCACUUAACUUUGGUUAAUGUAUUUAUUGGAGUGCAAGACAUUAAGAAAAUGCUGCAUACUGAGCAGUGAAGUAAUGCUUAUGAACCGUAUAAAUAAAUCAGUCAACUAGCUGCAUCUUUGAUGGCAGAUAGGCACUGACCAGUUUGCUAAUCUUGAGUAAAAAUACCACAUUGUCAUGGCAUUUGCACAUUUUCUUUCAACACUUGAAAGAAAAUCAAUCUAAUUGCUCUUAGUUAAAGUGAAAAGCAACAACUAUUUGCUGCUGCUUCAAAAUAUAGAUUUUUAGUUCUAUUAAUAUUGUACAUUAAAAAAAAAAAUCUAUUUACUGUUAUUAUGCUUUCAAAGCAUUGACUUAACCCUGAACUAUAGAUGAUGUGGGGCCAACUCCUGACACAAGUUCACAAAUUUCACAUGAAAAUUACAACAAUAGAUCAGUUUCAAAGGUUGUAGCUCCUGUCAACAUCAGUUGUUACAAAGCUAUAUUUUUAUUACUGUAAAGGGUCCUUCAUAAACAAGGGACACAUUCAAGAGAUGUCUUCAUCCAACUUAGAAAGGACCCAGUUUUAAGGUUUUUACAUAGUCCAAUCAAAUAAAACAAAAUAACAAAGCUCACAUUCAUGCUUGCUUGAACUUGCUAAAACAUUUAGUUAUUUGAAAAAAAAAAGAAAAAAAAGAUCAUUUUGGGGGACCAAAAACCUAUGUAUAUGUUUUUUUACUACCGAGAAAUAUUUCCAAACUGAAAAAUCUUUCAGUCUUGUAAGUGAGGAAAAAAAUAAUAGAAGCUUUCUUUCAGCCAAUAGUGCAGUAACAAGUGGAGGCGGGGUGAUGCUCUCCUAAAGCCAGAAAAAACUGGUCAUUUUGACAUUUUCUCUGGCCUGUUUUUAAACACAGUGUAAGGUAUAGAAAUACUUUAUAAUUCUGCUUUUCCACUCCCUUUUCUGUCUUGUAAAAAUGAUGAACCCCAUAUUAGAUGCUUUACCACGUCUAAACAAUCCAGUAUUUGAGCACAGUUUGCGCUGAAAUAAACUGUCCUGUAUUUAAAAAACACCAAGGAGUGUACUCAGCUGGCAUGUUUUCUUUGCUUUUUGUCAUUAGCCUCCUUCCUGCCAAUCACUAACUUGGAUCGUCUCAAUGCUCCUGAUAGGAAGUGAGAAAAAGCCUCUCACACGCUGUUCACUACCAUAGUCCUUUUACACGCCUGUGGCCAGAUGUGCUACUCUGAGAUAAAUUUGCUGUAUUUUGAAGUUAUUUAGGGAGUUACUGACAUUAUGAACAGAAUCUGGACUCACCUCACAGACAAAGAGGUGGCAGCAUUUCUGACUGAAGGAAUUCAUGUUUUGAUGUGCAUUACAUUAAAGUUUGUCACUAUUUGUGUCUUUAUGUAUAUUUAGAGCUGUUAAUCUGAAAUAAUGAAAAGGUGAAUGUAAUAUGACUAGAGUGUUCAUUCCUGUCAAUAUGUGCAUUUGUUGCUGUGGAUUUUUUAAAUACACCAGUGAAUUAUUGUGUGAAGAUAUAAAGACCCUUAUGUUCUCUGCAGAGUAUUAAAGGUUUACUCAUUAGAUCAUUAUGUCUAUUUAACUUCAGACAUUUAAUGAUUAAGUUUAUUCAUUUUCAUAGUGGACGUAACACAACAAACAAUGUCAAUAAUUUUUUAAAACAGAAAUUUAGAAUGCGAAUUUUAAACCUAUUGUGGAUUUGUUUUAUACCAGAAACAGGCUUCAAUACAUAAAUACACUACACUUAAUGUUUGGUUGAAAGUCCCGUAGAAAAUUGGAGAAAAAAAAAAAACAUACAAAUUUGUAGCCAUGAACAAGAUUCUGGCAAAAAAUUUUGGUUGAAUAUUUGAGGACUCAAGUUCAUUUUAGAUCUUGUUUAGUCCUUGUUUUUGUAGUAUGGGUGCUUUUUUGAAAUUUUAAGAGAGGUCUAAGUCAGCUUUCUUUCAGAAUCCUAUUGCAAAACCAGCCUAAUUCCCCCAAUACCAGUUUUGAUGUGAGUUUGAAUUUCAACUGUAUAGAACUGAGA